AUGUCUGAGUCAGGAGCUGGAGUUGUUAUGGGAGAUAUUGAGGUUGUCCAGGAUUUUGAGGAUGUCUUUCAGUCACUGAAGGGAUUACCACCAUCUCGGUCUGAUCCUUUCACGAUUGAGUUAGAGCCGGGGACAGCACCGAUAUCGAAGACGCCUUACAGGAUGGCGCCAGCUGAGUUGGCAGAGCUGAAGAAGCAGAUAGAGGACCUUUUGUCUAAGGGGUUCAUUCGACCGAGUGUUUCACCGUGGGGAGCACCGGUGUUGUUUGUGAAGAAGAAGGAUGGGAGUUUCAGACUUUGUAUCGAUUACAGAGGUCUUAACCGAGUCACUGUGAAGAACAGGUACCCACUCCCGAGGAUUGAUGAGUUGUUGGAUCAGUUGAGGGGUGCUACUUGGUUCUCCAAGAUUGACUUGGCGUCGGGUUAUCAUCAGAUCCCGAUAGAUGAGGCAGAUGUCAGGAAGACUGCUUUCAGGACGCGUUAUGGGCAUUUUGAGUUUGUGGUGAUAUGCCUUUGGUUGACUAACGCGCCGGCAGCCUUCAUGAGAUUGAUGAACGACGUGUUCAGGGAGUAUUUGGACGUGUUUGUCAUCAUUUUCAUUGACGAUAUUCUGGUAUACUCGAGGAGUCAGGAGGAGCAUGCGACUCACUUGAGGCGAGGCUAUCAGGAUUGGCCUAGACCUAGUAGUGCCACAGAGAUCAGGAGUUUUCUGGGUUUGGCAGGAUACUACAGGAGGUUCGUCAAGGGGUUUGCUACCAUGGCGCAGCCGAUGACGAAGUUGACCGGGAAGGAUGUCCCGUUUUUUUGGUCAGCUGAGUGUGAGGAGAGCUUUAGUCAGCUCAAGGAGAUGUUGACUACUACACCAGUGUUGGCGUUACCCGAGCCAGGGAAGCCUUACAUGGUGUAUACAGAUGCUUCAGGCAUUGGUCUUGGUUGUGUGCUGAUGCAGGAGGGCAGAGUGAUAGCAUAUGCUUCGAGACAGUGGCAGGGCAGUGAGCGUAACCGUCCUACACAUGACUUAGAGUUGGGAGCAGUGAUCUUCGCGUUGAAGAUUUGGAGGUCUUACUUGCUAGGUGAGACAGUACAGGUCUUCACAGAUCACAAGAGUUUGCAGCAUAUCUUCACUCAGCCGAUGAUGAACGCGAGACAGACGCGCUGGGUUGAGUUCUUGGCGGACUAUCAGGUGAGCAUUAACUACCAUCCGGGCAAGGCUAACCUAGUGGCGGACGCGUUGAGUAGACGGAGGUAUGAUUCCGCAAGGCAGUGGAUCAGGCGGAUCUACUUAGCAGGAUCAGAGUUGCUCAGCAGAGUGAUCAGAGUUUGCUUGGAUGCGACGAGAGUGACUGGUUCUGAGUAUGAGGUCUCUGCGAAUGGGACUAUCUUGGUUCGUGGGCGAGUUUGUGUGCCUAAGGAUGUGGAGUUGAGACAUCAGAUUUUGGGAGAGGCUCAUGCGAGCAAGUUUUCCAUUCAUCCAGGGGCGACCAAGAUGUACCAUGACCUCAAGAGGUACUAUCAUUGGGUCGGGAUGAAGAGGGAUGUAGCAGAUUGGGUUGCGAAGUGCAACACUUGUGCCUUGGUGAAGGCAGAGCAUCAGGUUCCGGGUGGUCUUUUGCAGAGUUUACCCAUUCCAGAGUGGAAGUGGGACAGGAUUACGAUGGAUUUCGUGGUUGGACUACCUGUUUCGAGGACUUUCGAUGCUAUAUGGGUGAUUGUGGAUCGGUUGACUAAGUCUGCACAUUUCUUGGCCAUCAAGAAGACAGAUGGAGCUGCUGUUUUGGCUAGGAAGUUUGUGCGAGAGAUUGUGAGGCUGCAUGGAGUGCCAGCUAGUAUUGUGUCAGACCGUGAUCCCAGAUUCACUUCAGAGUUUUGGAGAGCUUUUCAGGCAGAGAUGGGCACUAAGGUGCAUUUGAGUACAGCUUAUCAUCCGCAGACAGAUGGUCAGUCAGAGAGGACUAUUCAGACUUUGGAGGAUUUGCUGAGGAUGUGUGUGUUGGAUUGGGGUGGCCAUUGGGCAGAUCACCUGAGCUUAGUUGAGUUUGCAUACAACAACAGCUUUCAGGCGAGUAUUGGCAUGGCUCCAUUUGAGGCUUUGUAUGGGAGGCCAUGUAGGACACCCCUAUGCUUGGACCCAAGUGGGGGAGCGCAGCAUAUCCAUAGCAGAGAACAAGCUGAGUCCGCGGUAUGGGUCCGUUUCCAGUGUGGAGCGAGUUGGCCAUUGGCAUACAGGCUGGAGUUGCCUGAGAUUAUGAGAGCCUUUCACAAGUGGUUCUACAGAGGAGACUUGGGAGCCAGAGGCAAAGAUGAAGUUGAAGUUCAGGAAGUGGUUCGACAAGCAGGUCGAGGAGAAAGGGGAAGACCUGAUCACGCGAUCAGUGGGUCAGUUAGACCGGUAGCUGUGCCGCAUGUUGUUGCUCCGGCUAUCCAGCCUCGGAGUCAGCAGCAGCAGCGCAAAGGUGGUGCGAGUUUCAGUUCUGGUUCUGGCAGGGGCGGGUUGCCUGCACAGGAUCAGAAGAGGAGUCGAGAUGAGAGCUCUGUAGGUAGUCAGGGUACUCGAGGUGCUUGUUACCGUUGUGGGAGUACGGAGCACCGUAUGGCGAGCUAUCCUAGGAGAGACGCGGUUCAGGAUGCCAGGGUGUGUUAUCAUUGCAGGCAGUCGGGUCAUCUCAGACCGGCGUGUCCCCAGUUGCAAAGGAUGGCAGUGGCAUUGAUUCAGCCGGUGAGUCAGAUUGCAGCGGUGCAGCCAGCGGGUCAGACUGAAUCGGCACCGCGGGGCUAUUCUUCGGUGGAGACCGGCGGGCAUAUCACAGGGACCUUGUUAGUGGGCGGUUUCGAGUCCCAUGUUUUACUCGACUCUGGAGCAUCGAGUUGCUUCAUUACACCGGAACGUGCGGAGAAGAGUGGCAUCCGGAGUAGCGCUGGCGAGAGCGCGGGCAUGAUCAAGGUGGCGGGAGGCGAAUUCUUGUCUACUUUGGGCCAUGCUAGAGGAAUCGAGAUCGAGAUUCGGGCAGUCGAUGCCAGCAGAUUUGGUCAUCAGUCCGGUGGAGCUGGAGUGAGACCGACUUCCGGGAGUAUUGUGAUAUCGGCUAUUCAGGCGGAGCACUUGUUAGAGCGGGGCUGUGAGGCGUAUCUGGCGACGAUUUCUAUGUUUGAGUCAGGAGCUGGAGUUGUUAUGGGAGAUAUUGAGUUUGUCCAGGAUUUUGAGGAUGUCUUUCAGUCAUUGAAGGGAUUACCACCAUCUCGGUCUGAUCCUUUCACGAUUGAGUUAAAGCCGGGGACAGCACCGAUAUCGAAUACGCCUUACAGGAUGGCGUCAACAGAGUUGGCAGAGCUGAAGAAGCAGAUAGAGGACCUUUUGUCUAAGGGGUUCAUUCGACCGAGUGUUUCACCGUGGGGAGCACCAGUGUUGUUUGUGAAGAAGAAGGAUGGGACGUUUCAGACUUUGUAUCCGAGUCACUGUGAAGAACAGAUCCCGAUAGAUGAGGCAGAUGUCAGGAAGACUGCUUUCAGGACGCGUUAUGGGCAUUUUGAGUUUGUGGUUAUGCCUUUCGGUUUGACUAACGCGCCGGCAGCCUUCAUGAGAUUGAUGAACGACGUGUUCAGGGAGUAUUUGGAUGUGUUCGUCAUCAUUUUCAUUGAUGAUAUUCUGGUAUACUCGAGGAGUCAGGAGGAGCAUGCGACUCACUUGAGGUUGGUUCUGGGAAAGCUUCGGGAGCAGAAGCUUUUUGCUAAGUUGAGCAAGUGCAGUUUCUGGCAGCGAGAGAUGGGAUUUCUUGGCCACAUUGUUUCUGCAGAGGGAGUUUCUGUGGAUCCGGCUAAGAUUGAGGCUAUCAGAGAUUGGCCUAGACCUAGUAGUGCCACAGAGAUCAGGAGUUUUCUGGGUUUGGCAGGAUACUACAGGAGGUUCGUCAAGGGGUUUGCUACCAUGGCGCAGCCGAUGACGAAGUUGAUUGGGAAGGAUGUCCCGUUUUUUUGGUCAGCUGAGUGUGAGGAGAGCUUUAGUCAGCUCAAGGAGAUGUUGACUACUACACCAGUGUUGGCGUUACCCGAGCCAGGGAAGCCUUACAUGGUGUAUACAGAUGCUUCAGGCAUUGGUCUUGGUUGUGUGCUGAUGCAGGAGGGCAGAGUGAUAGCAUAUGCUUCGAGACAGUGGCAGGGCAGUGAGCGUAACCGUCCUACACAUGACUUAGAGUGCAUUAACUACCAUCCGGGCAAGGCUAACCUAGUGGCGGACGCGUUGAGUAGACGGAGGUAUGAUUCCGCAGUUGAGCGAGAUGUGGAGUCUCUGGUUGGCGAGAUCAGUACCUUGCGUUUGUGUGCCAUUUCGCAGGAGCCUUUGGGUUUAGAGGCAGUGGAUCAGGCGGAUCUACUUAGCAGGAUCAGAGUUGCUCAGCAGAGUGAUCAGAGUUUGCUGGAUGCGACGAGAGUGACUGGUUCUGAGUAUGAGGUCUCUGCGAAUGGGACUAUCUUGGUUCGUGGGCGAGUUUGUGUGCCUAAGGAUGUGGAGUUGAGACAUCAGAUUUUGGGAGAGGCUCAUGCGAGCAAGUUUUCCAUUCAUCCAGGGGCGACCAAGAUGUACCAUGACCUCAAGAGGUACUAUCAUUGGGUCGGGAUGAAGAGGGAUGUAGCAGAUUGGGUUGCGAAGUGCAACACUUGUGCCUUGGUGAAGGCAGAGCAUCAGGUUCCGGGUGGUCUUUUGCAGAGUUUACCCAUUCCAGAGUGGAAGUGGGACAGGAUUACGAUGGAUUUCGUGGUUGGACUACCUGUUUCGAGGACUUUCGAUGCUAUCUGGGUGAUUGUGGAUCGGUUGACUAAGUCUGCACAUUUCUUGGCCAUCAAGAAGACAGAUGGAGCUGCUGUUUUGGCUAGGAAGUUUGUGCGAGAGAUUGUGAGGCUGCAUGGAGUGCCAGCUAGUAUUGUGUCAGACCGUGAUCCCAGAUUCACUUCAGAGUUUUGGAGAGCUUUUCAGGCAGAGAUGGGCACUAAGGUGCAUUUGAGUACAGCUUAUCAUCCGCAGACAGAUGGUCAGUCAGAGAGGACUAUUCAGACUUUGGAGGAUUUGCUGAGGAUGUGUGUGUUGGAUUGGGGUGGCCAUUGGGCAGAUCACCUGAGCUUAGUUGAGUUUGCAUACAACAACAGCUUUCAGGCGAGUAUUGGCAUGGCUCCAUUUGAGGCUUUGUAUGGGAGGCCAUGUAGGACACCCCUAUGCUGGACCCAAGUGGGGGAGCGCAGCAUGUAUGGAGCUACUUAUGUUCAGGAGACUACAGAGAAGGUCCGUGUUGUGAGGCUGAACAUGAAGGAGGCUCAGGAUAGGCAGAAGAGUUAUGCAGAUAGACGCAGACGAGAGCUUGAGUUUCAGGUUGGAGAUAGAGUUUAUCUCAAGAUGGCUAUGUUGAGGGGUCCUAACAGAUCCAUAGCAGAGAACAAGCUGAGUCCGCGUUUAUGGUGGUUCUACAGAGGAGACUUGGGAGCCAGAGGCAAAGAUGAAGUUGAAGUUCAGGAAGUGGAAAGGGGAAGACCUGAUCACGCGAUCAGUGGGUCAGUUAGACCGGUAGCUGUGCCGCAUGUUGUUGCUCCGGCUAUCCAGCCUCGGAGUCAGCAGCAGCAGCGCAAAGGUGGUGCGAGUUUCAGUUCUGGUUCUGGCAGGGGCGGGUUGCCUGCACAGGAUCAGAAGAGGAGUCGAGAUGAGAGCUCUGUAGGUAGUCAGGGUACUCGAGGUGCUUGUUACCGUUGUGGGAGUACGGAGCACCGUAUGGCGAGCUAUCCUAGGAGAGACGCGGUUCAGGAUGCCAGGGUGUGUUAUCAUUGCAGGCAGUCGGGUCAUCUCAGACCGGCGUGUCCCCAGUUGCAAAGGAUGGCAGUGGCAUUGAUUCAGCCGGUGAGUCAGAUUGCAGCGGUGCAGCCAGCGGGUCAGACUGAAUCGGCACCGCGGGGCUAUUCUUCGGUGGAGACCGGCGGGCAUAUCACAGGUAAAUCUUCGACUCAGACUUUGGACCUUGUUAGUGGGCGGUUUGAGUCCCACGUUUUAUUCGACUCUGGAGCAUCGAAUUGCUUCAUUACACCGGAGCGUGCCGAGAAGAGUGGCAUCCGGAGUAGCGCUGGCGAGAGCGCGGGCAUGGUCAAGGUGGCGGGAGGUGGAUUCUUGUCUACUUUGGGCCGUGCUAGAGGAGUCGAGAUCGAGAUUGCGGGGCAGUCAAUGCCAGCAGAUUUGGUCAUCAGUCCGGUGGAGCUGUAUGAUGUUAUUCUCGGGAUGGACUGGUUGUCGCACUACAGAGUUCAUCUGGAUUGCUACAGAGGCAGAGUAGUCUUCGAGCGAGAUGCAGGAGGCGAGCAGUUGUUAGAGCGGGGCUGUGAGGCGUAUCUGGCGACGAUUUCUAUGUCUGAGUCAGGAGCUGGAGUUGUUAUGGGAGAUAUUGAGGUUGUCCAGGAUUUUGAGGAUGUCUUUCAGUCAUUGAAGGGAUUACCACCAUCUCGGUCUGAUCCUUUCACGAUUGAGUUAGAGCCGGGGACAGCACCGAUAUCGAAGACGCCUUACAGGAUGGCGCCAGCUGAGUUGGCAGAGCUGAAGAAGCAGAUAGAGGACCUUUUGUCUAAGGGGUUCAUUCGACCGAGUGUUUCACCGUGGGGAGCACCGGUGUUGUUUGUGAAGAAGAAGGAUGGGAGUUUCAGACUUUGUAUCGAUUACAGAGGUCUUAACCGAGUCACUGUGAAGAACAGGUACCCACUCCCGAGGAUUGAUGAGUUGUUGGAUCAGUUGAGGGGUGCUACUUGGUUCUCCAAGAUUGACUUGGCGUCGGGUUAUCAUCAGAUCCCGAUAGAUGAGGCAGAUGUCAGGAAGACUGCUUUCAGGACGCGUUAUGGGCAUUUUGAGUUUGUGGUGAUAUGCCUUUGGUUUGACUAA